AUGGAUCCCGCCACUACCAAGGUCAUACUUGGGCUCCAUCGCGAGGACCUGAACGCCGCCCUUCAGAGCCUGUCCAAGACCAGCCCUGACGACCGCGAAGGAGCCGCUUUCGCCGCGUUCCGCAAUCAGCUACUGGGGGAGUGGAACAAAUUACACGAUGCAGUCUUUACGCUCAUCAUCGUUCGGGAGGACAGCGCUGUCCGAGAGGCCUUUACGCAGCACUCGGGUGAAGCGCAGCAGGUUGAUCGCAACUACGAGAUGGCUUGCAGCUUUGCAGGUCUGCCGGUGCCUCAACGCCCUGCGGUAACGAACGAUCACGGAACACAUAGAAUCGCGGCAGAUCAGCAGUCCGAAGGCGUGAACGGCAGGACGCUCGCUCAAGAAGCUCCCCGCUUCAGCUCCGUUGGGACGCAAACGGCACCUACCAAGACCAGGCCUCCUGUCGGAAACAGCUGGUGGCCAGCCUUGUCAAUGAAUAGUUUCAAGCGUUCGCGCGUUGAAGAUGCGGAUGAUGAAGACAAGAACUCAUUCACACCAUACACGCAUGAGUCUACACUCAAGAAACGGACCGCCUGCGUUGAGCCGACAGCACUUAGAGAGGAAGAUGACGGGCGAACCAAGCGAACCAAGCUUGGAUCAGAGGCCAGCACUACUCUUAUCCAUGCUACCGCCAAUACCGCCUCGUCCAGCACAAUCGGCAAUGAAGAUCAUGGUCUCCCUGCAGCGGGAUCCGGCACCAUCAUGUCCCGCAAAUGCUCUGCAUGCUUGGACAUGCACCCCAUCCGAGACACAAUCCAGCUCCAAUGCAAAAACACUGGUGACGCUGAGGCUCAUGCAUACUGCCGCGAAUGUCUUAUUCACCUCUUCGAAACUUGCAUUACAGGUUCUUCGCAAUUCCCACCGCGAUGCUGUAACCAGAUAUUACCGGUCUUUGCCUGCAUCCCGUAUCUGCCGCCAGAGCUCUUCGCUCGAUUUGUGGCCAAGAGAGAAGAACUGGAGACGCCAAACCGAACGUAUUGCAGUAACGCUCUCUGCUCAAAAUGGAUCAGACCUGCCAACAUCGUAGCAAACAUCGCGACAUGCCCGACAUGCGUCCACAAAACCUGCGAGACUUGCAAACGUGGGCAACACGAAGGUCUUUGUCGAGACGAUAUGGCUGUGAAGAAGCUUAUGGACGUGGCUAAAGAGAAGCAAUGGCAGACUUGCCCCAAUUGCAACGAGAUGGUAGAGCUCAAGGGUGGCUGUCUUCACAUCACGUACGUACCUACUUCCAUGCGCGUCUGA